AUGGUAUCAACACCUCAAAUCGUCGUCGGUGACAUACAAGGCGACCUUCACGGAAAGACUAUCCUCUAUGUCAUCAAAGCCGAUCAAACUUCCUACAUAAACUACAUGAAACCCCUCAUCUUCGCCCUGGAACUAGACUGCCCACACAUACUCUCCGUCAUCGAUACCCGAGACGAAUGGUUCUACGCCGUCCACCCAGAACGAAUGGUCCCAUGUCUAAAAGACCACGACCCAGAAACCGGGGAAGAUUUCGUCGUGUUUGAAAGUACUGCGUGUCUUCAAUACCUCGCCACGAAGUAUGAUGUAGCGGGGGAUUGGACUGGUCGGAAUGCAUGGGAGAAAGCGCAAGUUUUGAGUUGGACGGCUUAUCAAACUGCUGGUCUGGGCGCCACGGCCAAAUAUUGGCUCUAUUUCCUCCGCGGCUAUCCCACCCGGCAGAAUCCAGAACCCAUGCCAAAGACUUGUGCGAAAUUACACGCCAAUACUCUCCGCGCCUGGGGUCUUCUCAACAAACGUCUCUCUCUCCCAGGACAAGAAUAUAUUGCUUUACCGGAUAGACCUUCGAUUGCGGAUAUUUCUUAUUUGCCGUUUGCUAUGCCUUGGAUGUUUGGGUUUUUUGGCGUGGAGAUUGAGAGGUGGCCUGCUAUUGAGCGGUGGAGUCGGAAGAUGUUGGGUAGAGAGGCUGUUGGGAGGGUUUUGGAGUAUGCUCCUGGGAUUGGACAUGGUGAUUCUUGA